UCUUCAAUUCCGAACCGUGAUUAAUGUUAUCGAGGAAAGUUUUGUACAAGGUCUGAAAUUGAUAUCUGAUUACAUCAAGUGGCCAGUGCUUUUUAAAGUAAAUUCGAGGCGUUCGUAAUUCAGAAUUAUUUACUUGACAAGUGUCGAAGAUGAUUGGAUUCCUGACGAUAGCAGCUCUGGUUUUUACUGCAAACUCGGCGUCACUAAAUUCAUUCACCCCUCGCAUAAUAGGAGGUUCGGCGGUGUCAAGCAUUGAAGAUGUACCCUACCAAGUGAGCGUCCGUUUGAAUGAUCAACACCACUGUGGUGGUAUUAUAAUUUCCAAAAACUAUGUUCUCACCGCAGCAGCAUGUCUAAUAUCUGGUGCCCUUAAUCAAUAUACCAUCCGAGCUGGAUCACUGAUUAACAAAUAUGGUGGUACCCUUCACCAAAUCAGUCGAAUAAUCAUACACGAACAAUUCUACAUAAACAAUCUAAACGUCCCAGUCAAUGAUAUCGCAUUAAUCCAAGUAAUCUCUCCCUUUAUUUUUGACGGUUCGCGAGAUGCUGUUCCACUAGUAGAACAACCUAUCAGAGUCGGAAGUGUCGCCAGAAUCUCCGGUUGGGGAUGGAUGAAUUCAACUUUUCCACUUCAACUUCGAAGGGCUAGUGUACAAGUGAUCGAUACUAGAAUUUGUAAUAAUAGAUACGAAGGAAAUAUUCCACCAAAUCAGAUUUGUGCUUAUGCGAGAGGGCAAGAUGCGUGUCAAGCUGAUUCUGGUGGUCCCUUGGUUGUUGGACUUCGUCUCGCUGGAAUAAUCUCCUGGGGCAAAGGCUGUGCACUAGAAAAUUAUCCUGGUGUCUACACUGAUGUAUAUGCGUACAGAAACUGGAUCACUUCCUACACGGGUGUCCUAAGCCAAUAAACAAUUGUUAAAAUUAUGUGAAUAAAAUUGAUCCUUUUUUAUACUGUUGUCCAAAGUAAAAAGAUACAAAAAUUA